AUGGAUGUGUCCAACGAAAAUACUUUCCUUGUGGCCUCUAAUCAAUUUGAAAAACAAUUAAAUGCCCCCUUCAACCUCCCAGCGACCUCAACACCGGCAGAUAGGUCUGCCGACUGCGACAAUACCUCGACAUUCAAUCAGGAAAAUAACACAGCAAACGUCCAACCGGUCUUUCCUCAGUCCCUCGCCUUUGGCGACUCGACUCUGAAACGAUCCAUGGAACCUCACAAUUCCUUUCCUCGUCAAGCCGCCCACCAACCCCCCUGCCACAAUUCCAGCCCUUACGUUAUGCUGGAUGGACAUCCGCAGCCAGUUGAGGCUGUUGUUGCUCUUGUUGGCCAUCUGCGUCGCGAACUGAUUGUACGCAACGAACAGAUUGCCUGGUUUGAGUCUGAGUUGCGUCGUAUGCGGCGGCUGCUUGGCGAACGAGAGCGUGAUGUGGAUCAACUGAAGUCUGUACUCGAUCAAAAGUACGAACCGCCUGUGCCUACCGGUACUGAUGCCCUUGAGACGGUUACUGAGGAAGAGACCGCUAUGGAUGCAGAAGAAGGAUUUGGUUUGACCACUGGAACUAAACCACCUCAGGCGGCAUCCACUAGAGUAAAGAAACAAGGUGUAUCCGGCGAAAGUGUUAGCCGAAUUAAGUCGACCGGUUUCGUUCAUUAUGAAAAGGACGAAAGGUAG